GUCGGAGGUGUGCCCUGGGUCUGCUUCGCCGUCGCUGCUGCACCAUCGCUGCAGCCGCACCCCCAGCCUUGGCCUCGGCCCAGCGCUCUCCCCGCCUCCUCCGCUUAACCGCCCCUGGGUUUCUGCCUUCGAGGCCCCGGGGCCCGGCUAACGAUGCCGUCGGAGAGCGAAGCGGAGAGCCCGGACCGAGCGGCUGCACAGAUGGGGAUGGCAACGGCCUCGGCGGUGGCCACGGCUGCCCUGGCAGGUGACGGCCCCGACCCGGAGGCCUCCUCGGCUUCCCCCGAACGGCACCUGAGUGGGCUGGGCUGGUCCCAGGUGCAGCGGCUGGACGCGCUCCUGAGCGAGCCGAUUCCCAUUCACGGGCGCGGCAACUUCCCCACCCUGAGCGUGCCCCCGCGGCAGAUAGUGCAGGUGGUCCGCAGCAGCCUGGAGGAGCGGGGUCUCCCUGUGCACAGUGUGCGGCUGCACGGCUCCGCGGCCAGCCACGUGCUGCACCCCGAGAACGGCCUGGGCUACAAGGACCUGGACCUGGUGUUCCGCAUGGACCUGCACAGCGAGGCGGCCUUCCAGCUCACCAAGGAGGUGGUGCUGGCCUGCCUGCUGGACUUCCUGCCAGCCGGUGUCCGGCGGGCCAAGAUCACGCCCCUGACCCUCAAAGAGGCGUAUGUGCAGAAGCUGGUGAAGGUGUGCACGGACUCCGACCGCUGGAGCCUCAUCUCCCUGUCCAACAAGAGCGGCAAGAACGUGGAGCUCAAGUUCGUGGACUCGGUGAGGCGCCAGUUCGAGUUCAGCGUGGACUCCUUCCAGAUCAUCCUGGACUCGCUGCUCCUCUUCAGCCAGUGUUCGGCCACGCCCAUGUCCGAGGCCUUCCACCCGACCGUCACGGGCGAGAGUCUGUAUGGGGACUUCUCGGAGGCGCUGGAGCACCUGCGGGAGCGCGUCAUCGCCACGCGCAGCCCCGAGGAGAUCCGCGGCGGGGGCCUGCUCAAGUACUGCCACCUGCUGGUGCGGGGCUUCCGGCCGCGGCCCAGCACCGACGUGUGCGCGCUGCAGCGCUACAUGUGCUCGCGCUUCUUCAUCGACUUCCCCGACCUGGCGGAGCAGCAGCGCACGCUGGAGCGCUAUCUGGAGGCCCACUUCAGCGGGGCCGACUCGGCCCGCCGCUACGCCUGCCUGGUGACGCUGCACCGCGUGGUCAACGAGAGCACCGUGUGCCUCAUGAACCACGAGCGCCGCCAGACGCUGGACCUCAUCGCCACCCUGGCGCUCCAGGCGCUGGCCGAGCAGGGACCGGCCGCCGCCGCCGCGCUGGCCUGGCGCCCUCCAGAGGGGCUGGUGCCUGCCACUGUCAACUACUAUGUGACCCCCGUGCAGCCGCUGCUAGCCCGGGCCCACUCCUACCCAACCUGGCUGCCCUGUAACUGACUCGGACCCUGGGUCACAUGGAGGACCUGAGCCCUCUGACCGCGCAGUCCCAGCCUCCCCUGAGGAAGAGGGCUCAGGGCUGCGGGCCAGGCAGGGGCUCUUUGGCACAUGAUCCCUUCGGUCAUCACACCACCCUCUGAUUGUGGGGUGCAGGGCUAUUUAUCUUGAAGGCCAAUUGCCUUCAGGUGACAAAGCAUAUCCGGGGUGGUAACUUCAAUGCCUGGGCUCAUUCCUGUGGCCUGGAAAGACUCUUUUUGGCUAGCACCAACCUGCACACAUCCCAGCAAUCCACACAGUAGCUAAGAUAUAGUAUGUAGGACCAGGGAUGUGGCUCAAUAGUAGAGCACUUGUCUUGCAUGUUGCGAGGCCCUUAGUUGGAUUCCUGACAGUGCCCCCUCCCCCCCCUUAAAAAAGUCAAAGGAACUACUUAGUUUGGGUCAGGUUAGGCCACUGGCAAGGCUUGGUGGUUCAGGGGCAUGAGGCACUUUCCUGGGUGUGGAGAGUAAGAGGUUAGCCCAGUCCCCUAGCACCCGAUCUCAACCUGUUGAGAAGUGCAACGGCAGGAGGGACAGACAGAGCUCAUGCACCUCCUGGUAUGCAGUGAGGCUCCCUGCUUCCCACCUAGAAAUGUGUCCUUUCAAAUGUGCUCGAGGCAGAGUGCUGCCUUAAGUCAGUUCCCGCCCCACUAGCUGUGAAGCCAUUAGCCCUGGGGAGGGGAGCUGUGCCUGCCUCCUUUCCAGCUCUGUGCAUUUGUUCCUCUAACACCUGCCAAUAAAGACUGUCUACACUUCCAGAGAGAUAGUACAGGAAGUAAGGCACUUGCCUUGCAUGUGGCUGCCGUGGUCACGACCCUGGUUUGAUCCCCUGCACCACAUAUAGUCCCCUGGUUCCUGGGCAGAGUCAGGAACAAGCCACCAAGCACCACCUGGUAUGGCCUAAACUGCUAAAAGAAAAAGAAGAAAACAAGUUUGUCUACACGGAGCCCUGGACACUCUCUCCUGUUAGAUGGGCCUUCCAUGCUGAGCUGCCAGACAUCCAAGUCCCAGCUGGGGCAGAGGUAAUGCCACUCCUUCUGCCAUCAGCCCUACCUGCCCAGGGGAGCUGCAUGUACUGCCUCAGCAGGUCUCCAGGAAGAGUCAGUAUUUCAGGGUCUUCUCCCUGGAAUCCCACUGACUUGGGUCUCAGACUCCAAAGCUCCUGAUACUUAAGCCCAGCUCUGCACCUUCUCCCACCCUGCGCAGUCUCAGGAUGCAGAUGGACAAGUGAGGUGAACCUGAGCUGGAGGGAUAAGAUCAGGUUUGGAUGAGAGACAAGUGCCUUACUUCCUAUCCUACCUUGACUUCAUCAGCAAGGACGGUGCACCCACAGGCACUCACCAAGCAUGUGAGGUGGCAGGACUCACCCUAGUGACCUAAGACCUCUUCUGUGGCCUUGCUUUUUCAACCCUGGUUGGAACCAUCAAAGCCACCACUUCAGAGGCCCUAAUGAGGCUGAGUAUGUUAAGGGCUUCACAAUUCUUGGAUCAAAGAGGCUGGAUAAACAGUGGGCAGCGUCCAGGCUCUGACUGGCUGUGCCCUGCGGGAACAGGAAGUAAGGUUCUUGCCUUGCAUCCCACCAACCCCAGUUUAAUCCCCAGCAUCACAUAUGGUCCCCCAAGCACUGUCAGGAAUUACUCCAGGAAUGGCCCCUGAACACUGCCAUGUGUGGCCCUGACACCCCACCCCACCAGAAAGAAGGAAAGAAGGAACUGGGUAGGAGAGCUCAAAAGGCUAGCACCUGUUUUGCAUGCAGGAGGCCUUAAUCCCCAGCACUGCAUCAUCCCCUGAACAUUGUUGGGUGUGGCCCAUGCUCCUUACCCAACUCCUGCCAAAAAAAGACUGGAAGGGUGAGUGGAAAGGCUUUCUUUGCUCUUAAAACAGAGUCCACCUCACUCCCACUCCUGCACACAGACUCUGGAUGAAAUGAAGUAUGUUCCUGUCCUGACCCAGGCAUGAGGCUCACAGUAUAAGCACACAGGCUUGGCUUGGUGAGUGGGGAAUGGGGUGUACCUCAAUGUGCUUGUCUCAGAGGUUAAAAAAGUCAGAAACAAAAAUUAAAUUCUAUUGGGUGAAGAGACAGUCACUGUCACUGUCGUCCCGUUGUUCAUAGAUUUGCUCGAGCAGGCAUCAGUAAUGUCUCCAUUGUGAGACUUGUUGUUACUGUUUUUGGCAUAACGAAUAUGCCAUGGGUAGCUUUGCCAGACUCUGCUGUGCGGGCGGGAUACUCUCAGUAGCUUUCUGGGCUCUUCGAGAGGGAUGGAGGAAUCGAACCUGGAUCGGCUGCGUGCCCUACCUGUUGUGCUAUCACUCCAGUCUGAAGAGACAGUACGGCAAGUAAUGCUGGCUGCCCCACUGGGACUUGGGAACACAUCAACCAGCAAAAUCACUAUCCUUGUGACGACUGCGGUCCCAGGUUCAAGAUGUGAAAUGAUAGUCUUAGAAGACCAGUUAUGCUUGGGCAGGAGCGAUAGUACAGUAUGUAGAGUACUUGCCCAGUACAGCGAUAGUACAGUAUGUAGAGGCUGACCCAGGUUCAAUCCCCAAUAUCCCAUAUGGUCCCUCAAGCACUCCCAGGAGUAAUUCCUGAAUUUCCUGAAUGCAGAGUAGGAAUAACCCCUGAGAACCACCGGGUGCAGUCCAAAAGCAAAAGAGAGAAAUCAGUGAUUUAGUAGAGUCAAAAAUUCAAUGUGUAGGAGUUUGCAAUUCUUAUAAGAUGCCAAAAUAAAACUCAUUGAAAGAGGGACAUUUGAAAAAAGACUGAAAGACAACAGGAAUGGAGUGACCAAGCCUGGGGAAGGGGUGUGUUGCUGAGGGCCAGUGUGCACACAACCCCAGCAGGCAUGAGGGAGGUGGCCACUGGCCUUCUAGAACACUUUGUUUUUGAACCACAUCAGACAGUGCUCAGGGAUUACUCCUAGCAGGGCUUGUGGGAGCACAUGGGGUGUCAGGGAUUGAACACGGUUUGACUGCAUGCAAGGCAAGAGCCCUUCCCACUGUACUGUCUCUCCAGCACCCCUUCUGGAAUACGUGGUCCCAGGCCAGACUAAGGUGUUCCCAAUCACUUUACAGUUUAACCUCUCAACAAGAUCAAGAUUUCUUUUUUGGUUUGGGGGGGGAUUUUUUUUUUGAGGGGGUAGAGUUGGGUCAUUCCUGAGAGCAUUCAGGAAUCACCCAGCUGAUCUCAGCAGGGGGCAUAUGGAUCCAGGAUCAAACGGUUGGCUGCAUGCAAAGCAAGUGCCUUAACCCCUGUACUAACUCUGACUCCUAAGUUAGUACUUUUUCUGUUGCCAGCAAGGAAAUUGAUGCCAGAAGAGUAAAAAAUUGUGUGAGUCCUGCUAAACCCUACACAAUCCUGUUCUAAUACUGUGAUUUCACACAAUAAUUCCUGUACUUAAUGACAGACCAUGUGACAGUAGGCUUGCAUCACUGUGUCAUGUAUGACCACAGAGCAUAGCAGUAUGCCAAGUAGGUAUUUCCUCGAUGCACAUGUGAUAUCAGCCAUGACUUGUGAUUGUCAGAGGACUGUGGCAGCAGGUGUGCCUAAGGGUGUGCUUAGGGGUGGUGCAGUGUUUCUGGGUGUAAGAAAAAGACUCCCUGGCUUGACAUUGUUCCUCACAUGCAGUUCCUGUAGCUAAGAUGCUGGACAGGCAGAAAUCAACUGGGGACCAGGGCUGGAGUGAUGGUACAGUGGGUAGAGCAUUUGUCUUGCACACAGCCAACCUGGGUUCAAUCCCCAGCACCCCCGAUGGUCGCCCAAACCCAUCAAGAGUGAUUUCUGAACUCAGAGCCAGGAGUAAGCCCCAAGCACUGCCAGGUGUGUCCUUGCCCCUUAAAAAAAAAGUGGGGAUCAGAGGGUACAGAGAUAGCACAGGGAGUAGGGGUUAUGGUAUUUGCCUUACACGGGGCUGACUUGCUCCAUUCCUGGAACAUGAUACCUUGAGCAUCACUGGGGUGUCCACCCCUCCUCCGGACACAUAGAAUGGGCAUCAGAGCCAGAGAGGGGAUGUCCCUCCUCCCUCUUAUGACCCUUGGUGGGUGGAGGGCUCCAGAGCAGGAGAAAGCAUGCUCAUGAAGUUUGAGGGAAGAGAAGAGAUUCCCCUGGCCUCACCCGGCCCCUGUAGUCCCACACUGUGUCGUUCUCGCUCUGUCCGAGAGGCUGACCUCUGGAUCAUUCAUCAAUGGCUCCCUUGUUUCCUGCCUUCCUGUGGAGCCAGGCCAGUGAGGGGCCCCUGCAGGAGACUGGAGAAUGGGGCGUUUAUUCCAAGGAUCUGACAGGGCCUGGCGUCCUCGGCAGUCACACCAUCCUCCAGAGUCUCACACAAACUCUCCCAUGCGCUGGCUUCCUCAUCCAACCUGGAGAAGCUCAGGUCUGCGCCAGGUGGAGGGAAGCAGGCCGCAGACCAGCCCCGGCCGACUGCCAAAUGAAACUGCCCGGGAGCUGCCUCAGGAACUGCGUCUCCCGAGCCGUGACAGACAAAGGAAGGGCAGCCAGUCCGGACCCAGGCAAAGUGAACCUCAGAGCCACACACAUUUCUCUUGCACUGCUGACAUUUAUUCUUCCUGAUUAGGUAACUCGGGGGACGGACUCCAGAUACAUUCAUUUUGCAGAGUUCUACAAGUUUGAGUUGUGUGUGAGGAAGUGCACCCUCUCCCACUCCAAUAUCAGGACACUUGAAUAAAUAAUAAAUACUUUCAUUUUUUCAUUUAAAACUUUGCUGAGAAUUUUUUUUUUUGGGGUGGGGAGGAUCAAACCCAGGGCCUCACAAAUGUGAGUCAUCUGCUAUGUAGAGCUGUGCUGCUGUCAUUUAAGAGGUGCAUUCCGCCAGGAAUCAGCAGCUGAUCCUCUUUCUGAGGUGCCACAGGGACACCCUCCAUGGAACCAGGAAAACGAGGGGCUUUCUCAGGCCAGUGCUGACCCUUCAACUUGUCUCCCAGAGCCCGUAGACUCAGAAGCAACGGCAUCAACAAAAAUGGGGCCCCACUAGGCUAUGACUUAUUUAAGAAUGAUGACUACAUUUUAAAGACAAAGUUUGUGUUU